AUGUAUCAACUACGGCUCGUGCUGUUCACCCUGAUCAUAGCAGCUUGCUAUGCCGAGCAAGACUGUAAAGCCGAAAUGAAAACUUUCCAUGGAUGCUUUAAAGAGACCAUGAAGAAAGUGCUGCUGGAUAAAGCUGGUUGGACUGAGCUGAAAGAUAAAGUGAUCAAGUGCUUUACAGACAAUGGAUGUGAUGCGCCGUCGAAGGAUUUCGCCCUUGGACAUUUGUUCGAAGGUGCGAAAGCCAAGUUGGAAAGUCUCAAGAAAUGCCUCGUGAAAUCCGGCACGACUUUCAAGGGCAAGGUCGAAGAAUGCGUCAAAAAGGACAUUCCAGAAUUCCACAUAGAUUCAGAAGACAUGAAAAAAUUCCGCCACGGACUGUUCUCAACCGAACAUCUGCACAGCGUGAUCAAGGUGCUCAUCGUUGCAAUCGCUCCAGAACACUGUGCCAAGGAAAACAGGGGAAAAGUCGAAGCAUGCUUGGGCGAAUCCUUCAAGAACAAAGGUCCUCUGCAGGAAAAAGUGGAUGAAGUUUGCAAAGGUCACAAAGAAUGUCACGAAAAACUGUCCAGCGGAUGCAAAGAAGAACUGAAGCACCUCAGCGAUUCCCUGAGCAAGUGCAGCUGCAAAGGCGGAGUGGACACCGCAGCGAUUCAGAACGAGUUGAAGACGUGUUUGCAGGGGUCGUUCACCGAGGAAGAAUCGAAAGACUUCAUGAAGUUGCUCAACGAUUUCUAUAAGUACAUGUGCGAGAAAGCAGAAGUGGUUGCUAAGGGUGACCCAUUUACGAAACCUGACGAGGCGCUAAUUUUAACCUGCGGCCUUCAAGGAGUAUCAACAGAAAUUUGCUGGCAAAAGACCUCACGGAUGCCGGCCGUCGCCGGAUCGUUGAGGUUACCGUCUUCGAGCGGUCGAGUGACGCCGAUCGGGCAAACUCCGUCGCACUUACCAGCUGCAGACUCCCAGCUGUUCGCUCGUCGAACGCCGCUGCAGCCACUGCCUCGGGGGCCAAAACUGGCCGGCAAUACAGCCGCCAAGAUACUGUGUCUGAACGAGAUCGACAAAUAUUUCAAGUGCUUCCAGGAGUCGGCGAUGGCCAUCAGCUGGAACGACACUUACGAUCAGCAGUUACAACAGGCCAUCGACUGCUUCAGAGAGAACGGCUGCCGGGAGCCUGCGUUGGACCUCGACAAGGACGUCUGGCAAGUGACGAACGGCGACGGCAAUUUUACCGACAUUGUGAAAGACUGCUUGGCGGCCGGCCUGAAAGACAUAACGGCCAUGGCAGAGGACUGCGUCCAAAAGGAUAUACCAACAUUCAGAUUUUAUACUAGCGAGCUGCACCGGAAGAUCGAGAGGGCGACCGACGAGCUCACUCUGUAA